GAAACUGGUCAACGCAUAUUGGAGUUACAUGUAGUUGAUUACUGUGUUCGUGGCGCGCGGCGUGAAAUUUCUUUUUAUUGACAAUGGGAAUGGAUACGGUGUGACGGAAGCAGAGAGAAAACCUCAGACCAGUAAAAGCAGUAAGCCAGCCAACCUGAUAGAUGGCAGAACCAGCUAUCAUCAUUCACGCGGGCGCGUGGUCAGUCCCCGACGAAGCAGCUGAAGCGAAUGUAGCAGGAGUAAAGCUGGCUGCGAGGAUUGGCUACAAGGUAUUGAAGAAUGGAGGGAGCGCUUUAGACGCGGCAGAAGCAGCCAUCACCUCGCUGGAAAAUGACAAGACAUUUAAUGCGGGUGCUGGUGGCUCCCUCAAUGCAAUCGGGCAGCUGGAGAUGGAUGCGGUCAUCAUGGAGGGGAGACAUCUUAAGGCGGGAGGUGUUGCGGCCGUGAGGGAUAUCAGGAACCCCAUCCAGCUGGCGAGGAAGGUGCUGGAAGAGACACAACACGUGCUGGUUGUUGGUGAUGGCGCGUGUAGAUUGGCCGAGAAUCUCGGCAUUCCUCGCGUGGAUUCUGAAGUGUUGUUGAGUGAUUAUUCUAAGGAGGAGCAUCGGAACUUUGAUAAAUACAAGAAAGCUGUGGGCUCGCUCAUGAAAGGAAGGGAUGAUGAUUCCUCGCCAGCCAACUCCCAUGACACUGUUGGUGCAUGUGCACUUGACACAUCCGGAGAUGUUGCCUUUGGAACAUCGACGGGAGGUAUUCCUGCACAGCUUCCAGGACGGGUUGGUGACAGUCCGAUUAUUGGAUGCGGAGGUUAUUGUGACAACGGUAUAGGAGCUGUGUCGACGACAGGUCAUGGGGAGUCGAUCUCUAAGGUCUGUCUGGCGAGGCAUAUCACCGGGAAGAUGUCUGAAGGGUUUUCAAUAGAGAAAGGGAUACAGGAAGGCUUAAAGUACAUGGAAAAGAGAGUCAAAGGUCACGGUGGUGCAGUGGGCCUUGAUAAAGAUGGCAAUCCUGGGUUCGCCUUCACCACCAAACGGAUGCCCUGGUGUAGCAUCCGGGAGGAUACAAUGCAUUAUGGGAUUAAUCCAGGAGAAGAUUUCUGCGAAACAGUCUAACAGAUGUUCGAGUUGAAAAUAAAGUUUCCAAACGAUUUCGUUCUGUUUUAUUUUCGUAGAG